GGGGAGGCAGAAGAAACGUGAUAACAUAAGAAGGAUUUAAUGUACCACUGCUAGCUCUGAGAUGUUCAGAGACCACAUGCAACUACACACAAUGACCCCAAAGAGGCCUCUAGAUGGUAAGCAGCCCCCCUAACCCCAGAUGGCAGCCGGCAAGAAAAUGGGGACCUCAGACACUGAACUCUGCCAACCACCCAAAUAAACCUGGAAAUGGAUUCUCCCCUAGAGCCUCCAGAAGGGAAAGCAGCCCAGGCAACGCCUUGAUUUUAGCCCUGUGAGACCGGAAGCCAAGAAACCAGCGGAGUCCAGUGGACUUCUGUCCUACAGAACUGUUCAGCUCAGCUAAUAUUUAACAUAACCAGAUCUGUAGAAUAUACUGCUUGCAAUGAAACUGUUAUCAUCCCAUGCUAUGUUAAUAAUGUGGAGGCCACAAACAUUAAUGAAAUGUAUGUAAAGUGGAAAUUUAGAGGAAAAGACAUUUUCACCUUUGAUGGCGCUGUAGAAAAGACCACUCGCGACAAUAAAUUUAAGAGUACAAAAAUCAUACCACAAAAAUUACUAAAUGGCAUUGCCUCUUUGGAGAUGAACAAGGAAGAGGCUGUUGUAGGAAACUACACUUGUGAAGUAACAGAAUUAAGCAGAGAAGGCGAAACCAUCAUAGAACUAAAAUACCGUAUUGUUUCAUGGUUUUCUCCAAAUGAAAAUAUCCUCAUUGUCAUUUUCCCAAUUUUGGCUGUACUACUUUCUUGGGGACAGUUUGGUAUUGUGACACUUAAAUAUAAAUCCAGUCUCAUGAAGGAGAAAACCAUUCUUUUAUUUGUUGGUGGACUAGUGCUCACUAUAGCUGUCAUUGUUGGAGCCAUUCUUUUUGUCCCAGGUGAAUAUUCAACAAAGAAUUCUUGUGGACUUGGUUUAAUUGUGGUUCCUACAGUGAUUUUAAUAUUACUUCAGUACUGUGUGUUUAUGAUAGGUGUUUGGAUGUCUUCUUUCACCAUCGCCAUAUUGAUCCUUCAGGUACUGGGCUAUGUGCUCUCUGUGGUUGGACUAAGCCUCUGUGUCUCAGAGUGCACCCCAGUGAAUGGCCCUCUUCUGAUUUCAGGUUUGGGUAUUAUAGCUCUAGCAGAAUUACUUGGAUUAGUUUAUAUGAAACUUGUUGCUUCCAAUCAGAAGACUAUACAACCUCCUAGGAAAGCUGUAGAGGAACCCCUUAAUGCAUUUAAAGAAUCAAAAGGAAUGAUGAAUGAUGAGUAACUGAAGUGAAGUGAUGGACUCUGAUUUGGAAAGUAGUAAGAUAUGAAAGGAAUACAAUUGUGUUUAAGCACCAUGGCCUUGAUUCACUGUUCAGGAGAAGAAAACAAGAAAAAUUACUGGUUCUCAUCUGUGGGAGAAAGUAAAUCUUUGACCCUUAAAUGAUUGUUACAGUUAAGUUUUUAUUCAAAGCAUUUGUAAUUUAGUUAAUAAAAGAAUUAUUAUCUGUGUUGUGUGCCCAAUUGAGAUCCAGUUUUUUGUUGUUAUUUUUAUUCAGUAAAGGGCAAGGGUAGAGUGGCUAAUUUCCAAGAAUGAUGCCUUUCAGAUCUUAGGGCCUCUUGACUGUAGUUUACCAGUUUGAAUUGGUUCGAGGUUGAGAAUCACGUGACGCUAACCUGUUGGUUUCCCAGAGAGAUCUGUGAAGAACAGUGGCUUCCACAGAACCUUAGCACACUCGGGUUCACAGCCACUUUGGCAGUAUGGCUGGUGUUAGCCGAGUAAGGUUUCUGGAACGUCUGGGUCAAAGGAAUAGCAAAUUUAAGUACAGAUAGGAGUUUGGUUGGGAACAUCUUGAAUGCCGCCUACAUCUCCGGCAGGAGACCAUGGUCUUCAUUCUUGGGGGUUGCCAUUCACACAUUCUUCCUUCAGCAUACCGUGUGAUGAAUCCUUUUCAGAGUUAGGGUAAUUUUAUUGAUGAAUGUGUUUAUCUCUUAUUCACACAACCCUUUAAACCCUGUCUUGUCCUCCUGUUAUUUGCUUCUGCUGUACAAGAUGUAGCACCUUUUCUCCUCUUUGAACAUGGUCCCGUGACACGUGACAUGGUAGCAUCAUUGCAGAAAGGAGCCAGACUUAUUUUCAGAGAACUAUGUUCACACUUUUCAGCAAAAGUAGCGAUGGUUGUAACAUAUGUAUUUCCUUCCUCGGAUUUGAAGGCACAAUCUACAAUGUUUCUUCACUUCUUUUCUGAUCUGGGGCAUGAAAAACCAAGAUUGAGAUUUGAACUGUGAGUCUCCUGCAUGGCAAUAUAACGUGUCACCGUCAGGCCAACAAGCCAGCCCUCGGAAGGGUGGUUUUGUUACUGUUGUGUCUGUGUUGCAUGAUAAACACUCAUCAUCUCCCUCCUGUAGUCCUGCCUCCGUAAGCCCCUUACCCUAAGAUUGGAAAGUAAAACAAAACCCCCACGUUUCCUACCCCCAUUAGAAGAAAACUAACAUUCUGACCGUUGUGAUCACCUGGAGUACUCUUAGAUUAUUAGCACUCGGUUCCCUCUGUGUGUGUGUGUGUGUGUGUGUGUGUGUGUGUGUGCGCACAUGUAUAAGGUAGGCACGUGCAUCUUCUGUGUGGACAACAGUGGGUACCCACAGGAGAGCAAAUGUUAAUUUCAUGCUCUUAGUAAAAACAUUUAAAAAGAUCUUUAUUGGGUGGAAUUAUAUUUGAUGCGAAUAUUUGAUCAUUUAAAACUUCAAAAACUUCUAGGUAAUUUGCCAAGCUUUUUGACUGCUCACAAUACCUUCUAAAAAUACUAGUAAUUCUUCCUGUCUGUCUAAUAAGACAUUCAUAUCUGCAGUUACAUUACUAAUAGUUAUUUCUUAGUCCACUAACUGUUCCCAUGUGCCUCUUUUAUGCCAAAUUAAUUUUCAUAUUUCAUGUUGGGACCAAAUGGUUUUGCCCAUGGCAGACCUCAAUUUUAUGACCUGCUGAUGCUUCUCAGAAAACCGAACAAACGAUGAGGACAGCUCUUCUUGAAAAAAUUUUUUUUUGUUUUUCUUUCCUAAGUGUGUUGCUGUCCAAAAUAUUAUCAUAUGUAGAGGGAGCUGUGUUCCUUUAUAUAAAUCUGAUGGCUCUUGCUGCCCUUUUUCCCUCUGAAAAUAUUUAUAUUUUACUAUAUUGUUUGUUACUUUAGAAAUCAGUUUUGAUGAAGGGAGGAGAAAAGCAGAUGAACUUGAAAACGAUCCAGAUACCUAUUCUCUAUUAAGAAAAAGAAAGGCAUGAAAACCUUUAUAGUAAACUUUUUUAUAAACUAAGGUUGUACCUUUUAAUAUGCAAUAAACUCUCAUUUCUUUGGGGUUCAGUCUUGGGACCCACCCAUCCUUUGUGUUCUCUUUAAUGCUGCCUGUCUUUUGAGGCACUCACUGCCCUAGACAACGCACAGAGGAAGCAGGAGAGAUGCCAGGUGACAUCAACUCUCGGUCUUACUAGUUGUCAGCUUCUCUGGAAAAGGGACCACAUCAGCGGGAGCCCUCUUGCUUGGCCAUCAUUGGGCCAGGUCAUUCUCUUUAAAUCAGACGUGUAGUGGGCUCCCGAUUUUUUUUGUUCUACCAAAUUAGAAUUAACAUUAGUUUUGAGCAUCACGUAUCUGUUCCUCCCCCACACAACGUGCUUUUAACUCAGUGAUCCCAAUUUUUGCCACCGACUCUUCCACUCGAUUUUAUUUAUUGUACAUUCUCUGACACCCCUUGUCGUUUUUGCAACAACCUUUCCAAUGUUUUUGGCCAAAUCUGAUUUUUCCGUCUCCUUCAAAACAUUCUCCUCAAGCCCUGCCUCCCCUACUGGCUCUCCUCUGUAGUCCACCCCCCUCUUUCAUCUAACACCUUGCUUAAUACUUCACGUGUGUCUGCUGAGGUCUAGUGGGUUUUUUUGUCUUGCUUCUCACUUGAUGUUGAAAUUCUGUUAUGGCAAGAGCUUUUUUUUUUUUUCCUUUCUCUUCCUGCAGUGUUUUGCAUACAUUAGAUGUUCAGUACAUAGGUUCGAUGAUUGAGAGUUGGCUGUGUGUAGAUGCCCUACUAUUUUCAGUAGAGUGAUUUAGAUAGUUUUCUUUUCCAACAAAUUUCACAUGCUCCGAAAACCUUAAAAGGUGAUAAGGUGAUGAUUUUUCACCUGGAAACUCCAGGUUCAUUUUGUUUAAAUUUCUGAGAAUGUCAAGAUGAAAAUAAUGGGGCUAUCCCAAAUUUGAGAGUAUUGGUUAUUCUGGGAUGCUACAGUCAAUUUAGUAAAUGACCAAAUUGUGAUUUGAAUGAAUAAAGCUCAAAAAGUGAUGUGUUCAACUCCUCCAUCUCAUUAAGCUCUGUAUCACCUUCUAGAAGUUUUUUUGUCCUAAAGGGGGUAUUCAAAAACAGACCUGUGGGAUGUGUAUGGAAAUGCAUACUUCUUUAUUUACCUGCCAUUGGAAACUGGAGAAAUGAUUGUUGGGCAACCCUUUAUGUUUUUAUUAUGUUUUAUUUGAUGGAGAGUUUGUUUAGAAACUUUAGUUUUACAUGUGUCAUAUUUUCAAAAUCACUAACUGCCAUCACCCAGUGGGGUCCUUUGUUAAGUCAUUUUCUGUGGCUAGUAGGGAUAAUAAUCCAGGUAACUUUUAGGAGAUAAGCAGUGAGCAGGAAGUUUUCCUGCCUUUGGCUUUUGACAGCUCUUACUUAUCAUUUAAGACCAGCUUUCCCAUAAAUUUAGCCUUUUGAAAAAAAAGAGAGCAUUUGUAAUAAGCUUCUCUGUAAGGCGACAUCAAUGGAAUCUUAAAAGUGUUGUUAUCAGGGUUGAUGAGAGAAAGAAACAUUUCUGUUUUUAUUAAAUGGAGCAUUAUUUACAAAAAGCCAUUGUUGAGAUUUAGAUCCCACAUCAUAUAAAUAUCCAUUAACCAUUUCUAAAUAAAAAAAACUCCAGUGUUGCUAUGUGCAAGAUCCUCUCUUGGGGCUUUUUUCCAUAGCAAUUAAAGGUGUGCUAUUUGUCAGUAGCCAUUUUUUGCAGUGAUUUAAAGACCAAAGUUGUUUUACAGCUGUGUUACCGUUAAAGGUUUUUUUUAUAUGUAUUAAAUCAAUUUAUCACCGUUUGAAGCUUUGAAUAUCUGCAAUCUUUGCCAAGAUACUUUUUUAUUUAAAAACAUAACUUUGUAAAUAUUACCCUGUAAUAUUAUAUAUACUUAAUAAAACAUUUUAAGCUA